ACCAGGAAGGAGACACAGGGCUGAUCCUGGAUUAGCAGAGGACACCAGGGCAGAGGUCUGGCCCUCAUCCAGGGGCCCAGAGAGGGCUGGGGCCCCUGGAGGUGGUGCUGAGGACCCCCCAGGUCGGGAAGGUUUAAGUGCUCCUGGGACUUCCCGUCCAGGCUCCUCCCCUCCCCAACUUUCUCUUCCGCUGCUGCUGCUGCUGCUGCUGCUGCUGCUGCUGCUGCUGCUGCUGCUGCUGCACCCUAACCCCGAAGGCCCGGCCACAACCCCAUGGCUGGUCUAAGUUCCUCAUUGCUCCAGAAGUUCCAGGAGGACGGGUUCCUGGUGCUGGAGGAGUUCCUGUCUCAGGAAGAGUGCGUGGCUCUGCAGCAGAGGACCGCGGCGCUCGUGGCCGAGAUGGACAUCCCCGAACACUGCCGCACGGUGUUCUCCACCCACAAGGAGGAGCAGCUCCGUGCCCAGUGUGUCUCCGACUACUUCCUGAACAGUGGUGACAAGAUCCGCUUCUUCUUUGAGAAAGAUGCUUUUGAUGAGAAAGGACAGUUUGUGGUUCCUCCUGAGAAAUCCAUCAACAAAAUCGGUCACGCUCUGCAUGCCCACGACCCUGUCUUCAGGAGCAUCACGCACUCCCCCAAGGUGCAGGCCCUGGCCAGAAGUCUGGGCCUGCAGAAGCCUGUGGUGGUGCAGAGCAUGUACAUCUUCAAGCAACCUCGAAUCGGUGGUGAAGUCAACCCGCACCAGGAUGCCACCUUCCUGUACACCGAGCCGCUGGGCCGUGGCGUGCCGCGGAGGUUCAUCCGGGCCCCGGAGGGCACCAGCUACCUGGGCUCGGAGCCUGAGCGGGAUGACAGCCUCUUUGUGCCGGUGCCGGUACGGAGAGGCGGCCUGGUCCUGAUCCACGGGCAAGUGGUGCACAAGAGCGCGCAGAACCUCUCGGACCGCUCGCGCCACGCCUACACGUUCCACCUCAUGGAGGCCGAGGGCACGGUGUGGAGCCCGCAGAACUGGCUCCAGCCCACGGUGGAGCUGCCCUUCCCCCCACUGUACACCUAAGGCCUGUGCAGGGCGGGGCUGUGGCCUCCCAGACCCCAGGGCCUCCUGCACCUGCCGGCUUCAGCGACUGGAGUCGCUCUGUCCUGAGCCUCCCUGUGGCCCUCAGCCCUGCUGACAGGAGCCCAGCGGGCUCCCCAGAUCUCAGUCCCUCGCACCCUAUGCCUCAGCACAGCCUCCCCUCGAGGGGUAUGAGGCCCAGUCUCACUCCUCACAUGCAGCUCUGAUGGUGGCGUUGUAAGACAAUAAAAGCGAUUUCUGAAGGCA